AUGGCUGAUGAAAAGUUCCUCGCCGCUUCUGCCAAGCACCCCAUCGUCGCUGGCCAUGCUUACAAGUAUGGCACUGCUGGCUUCCGUAUGAAGGCCGACCUGCUCGACGGCGUAUCCUUCCGUGUCGGUCUGCUUUCUGGCCUUCGAAGCCGUCGCCUCAAUGGCCAGGCUAUUGGUGUCAUGAUCACGGCCAGCCACAAUCCUGCUCCCGAUAAUGGUGUCAAGAUUGUCGAUCCCAUGGGCGAAAUGCUUGAGCAAGAAUGGGAGGCCUAUGCCACCCGCCUGGUCAACGCCCCCUCCGACCAGGAGCUCCUCGACACAUACAAGGCUCUCGCUUCCCAGUUGAAAAUCAACUUGUCCGAUCCUGCCAAGGUUAUUGUCGGCCGCGACACCAGACCCUCCGGCCAUUCGCUUGUUACUGCCCUCGCCGAUGCCUGCGAGGCCACUGACAUCCAAUUCACCGACUACAAGAUCCUCACAACCCCUCAGCUCCACUAUCUCACUCGUUGCAUCAACACUGAGGGCACCCCUAAGGCCUACGGAAAGAUCAGUGAGCAGGGAUACUAUGAGAAGCUAUCCGAGGCUUUCGUCCGCGCUCUUCGCGGUAAGAAGGUCCAGGGCCAACUCAUUGUCGACGGUGCCAAUGGUGUUGGUGCUCCCAAGCUCAACGAGUUGCUCAAGAUCAUUCCUAAGGAUGUCACUGGAUUCGAUUGCAAGGUUGUCAAUGACGACGUCCUUCGACCGGAAAUCCUCAACCUCGACGCUGGUGCCGAUUUCGUCAAGACAAAGCAAAGGGCACCCCCCAAGCCCCAACCUAUUCCCGGUGUUCGAGGCUGCUCCCUAGACGGCGACGCCGACCGUCUGAUCUACUACUGGGUCGACCCCGAGAGCGGCUUCUUCAUGCUGGACGGUGACCGAAUCUCCUCACUCAAUGCCUCUUUCAUUGGCGACCUGGUCCGCUCUGCUGGUCUCGAGGAUGAGGUCCGUAUUGGCGUUGUCCAGACCGCUUAUGCCAACGGUGCUAGCACAGCCUACAUUGAGAAGCACCUGCAGCUCCCCGUGGUCUUCACCCCCACUGGUGUCAAGCACCUGCACCAUGCUGCUUGCCAGUUUGAUGUUGGCGUUUACUUCGAGGCAAACGGCCAUGGAACUGUUGUCUUCUCUCAGGAGGCCAUCCGCCUCUUCCGCGAGAAGGAGCCUCAGUCCCCUGCUCAGAAGGAAGCUCUUGAAGUCCUGGCUGCUUGCGCCGAUCUCAUCAACCAGACCGUCGGUGAUGCCAUUUCCGACAUGCUCAUGGUUGAGGUUAUUCUUGCCCACAAAGGCUGGACCCUCAAGAACUGGGCUACUACCUACACCGACCUGCCCAACCGCCUGGUGCGCGUCGAGGUUGGCAACAAGGACCUCUUCCAGACUACCGAUGCUGAGCGCCGCCUGAGCCAUCCUCCUGGUGCCCAGGAUGAGAUUGACCAGUGUGUUAGGAAGUACACCAAUGCUCGCUCCUUCGCCCGUGCCAGUGGUACCGAGAACGCAUGCCGGGUGUAUGCUGAGGCAGCCACUCGAGGGGAGGCAGAUGAGCUUGCCAACAAAGUGGCUGCCUGCGUCCAAAAGUACGGCUCUUGA